AUAGGCUCGGCGUCCACCUCGGCACAUUUGGCAGGCAGCAGCUGCUUGAACGUUGCGUAACCUCUUCAAGAGUUCACUCACCCACCCAUCGAUUCGCAUUCUCACCAUGGCAGCCGCGAAGAAAGUCUGCAUCAUCGGAUCUGGAAAUUGGGGCUCUGCCAUUGCCAAGAUAGUGGGUGUCAACGCCGCUCGGAAUUCCAAAUUUGACAACACGGUAAAAAUGUGGGUGUUUGAGGAGUUGGUGCAUGGGCGCAAACUGACUGAAAUUAUCAACACUGACCAUGAGAAUGUGAAGUACCUUCCUGGGCACAAGCUACCAGCAAAUGUGCUGGCCGUUCCAGACCUGGUGGAGGCAUCCGGUGAUGCAGACAUUCUGGUGUUUGUCAUCCCGCACCAGUUUAUUGGCAAAGCCUGCGACACCAUGAAGGACAAGAUAAAGAGUGAUGCACUGGGCAUAUCUCUAAUCAAGGGAGUUGACGAGGGGCCUGAUGGACUUAAACUCAUUUCUGAUGUGAUCCAGGAGAAGCUCGGCAUUGCAAUGAGUGUGCUGAUGGGGGCCAACAUUGCCAACGAAGUAGCUGAUGAAAAGUUUUGUGAGACUACCAUUGGAUGCAAGAACGAAAACCAUGGGGCUCUUCUAAAGGAACUCAUGCAGACCAGCAACUUCCGUGUGACUGUGGUGCCAGAGCAUGAUGUGGUGGAAAUCUGUGGAGCAUUAAAGAACAUCGUUGCCGUCGGGGCAGGUUUCUGUGAUGGUCUGGGUUUCGGGGACAACACCAAAGCGGCAGUGAUACGGUUGGGACUGAUGGAGAUGAUCGCAUUUGCCCGCAUUUUCUGCACUGCCGGGCCCGUGUCCUCUGCAACCUUCCUGGAAAGCUGCGGUGUCGCGGAUCUCAUCACAACCUGCUACGGUGGCCGCAAUCGCAAGGUCGCCGAGGCCUUUGCAAAGACAGGGAAGUCUAUUGAGGAGCUGGAGAAAGAGAUGCUGAACGGGCAAAAGCUGCAAGGCCCAGCCACUGCAGCUGAGGUCUAUCUCAUCCUCAAGCACAAAAACUUGGUUGACAAGUUCCCACUAUUCAAUGCAGUCUAUGAGAUCUGCUUCCAGGGCCAUCCAGUCACAGAGUUUAUCAGCUGCUUACAAAACCAUCCAGAGCACAUGUAAAAGUCAAACAAACUGACCAAGUGCCUUCUACAUGGAGAACGUUACCACGUCAUCCGUUACUCAUCCGAAAACUCGCUGUGACCAGUCACUUUACAGCUGUGACACAACAGUGGCCCUUGUGAUCACUCCAUGGAGACCCUGCAUAACAGUUGUUUUUAAGUCACUCAUUUUGUCCUUCGCCGUAGGUUAAAGUGCUUUUUCAGUUUAUGAAAUCAUGCUGAAACUUAAUAGAUGAUUUUUUUUCUGUUUCGAUUUUCUUGCCAGAAGAGAAAUCCAGGGUUUCUAAAUAUCAUACUUGACUUCCGCCACUAGGAGGCUGUCAACAAUGACUCGACCAGAUUUAGUACAGUAUAUGACUGCCAUUCACAUAACAUUGUAUAAUGUUUGUGGGGGCAUGAAAAGCACGAAUUCAAAUUCGAAUAUCCAGCAGAUAUGGACAACGUAAUGAUAAUGAUGCCGUCCAGUUGAUAGCUGUCCAUUAACGGAAGCUAUUUGAUCAGAACGUCACCCAUGUUUUAGUAGCUUUUUGUGUCCGCAAAUCAUUUCCUGUCUUGCACGUUGUAUUGAUAACGCAACUGUUUUUACUCAACGCAAGUGCCUUAGAAUGCACGGUUGCUACUCGGUAAGUCUUGGCUAAUGCACCUAUUUGUGCAAACCCAAUACUACUUCUGAAAUGUCCCUCCACUUGUUAACAUGACUGCCUAAGAGCUUGCAUUUUUUAAUGUCAACAUUUGUCAUUUGUGAAUAAACUGCUAUGUUGACAUUGGUGGAAUAAUUGUUCUGCACACAGAAAAGGUUUCGCGGCAUUUCAUCAAGGUUGAAAGAAAGAAAAAAAGGAGGGUUCAUAACAUUUCUUGAUUUGAAACAUAAUUCAUGUUUUUCCAUAUAAAAGGUAAUUGUGUUUAAAAUCUC